CAUUACCGGCCUACGUUUCAUGGCUGAUUUCCAUGGAGGGAUCCAAGGGGAAGAGACCCCCAGGGGACAUUUGCAGAGGAGGCUCUCGGGUCCCCAGUGAUGGCGGUGGUGCCCGGGUCGGCCCUGGGCAGGCAGCCUCUCCACGUGGAAUCCUCCUCCUCCUUCCAGGUGGUCCCUGCUGCCCAGCCCCUGCUGGCCUCUCUCUGUGCACAGCAGGUCAGGAUGGGGAGGUGCCUGGUGCCCCGUCUGCCUGCCCUCCCUGUGUGCCUCGCCGUGUUCCAGCUGCUCAGCCCCUGCUCAGCUGAGUUUGCUGUGGUCGGACCCCCCGAGCCCAUCCUGGCCAUGGUGGGUGAAGACGCAGACCUGCCCUGUCACCUGUCCCUGGAGAUGAGCGCUGAGAACAUGGAGCUGAUGUGGGUGCGACCCAGCCGCAGGCAGGUAGUGCACGUGUACGCACACGGGCAGGAGGACACGCCGGCAGAGCAGUUUCGAGGGAGAACUUCGAUUUCACGAGAGGACGUCACUGCGGGGAAGGCCGCUCUCCGGAUUCGCAGCGUCAGCGUCUCAGACAACGGAACCUACCUGUGUUAUUUCCAAGAUGGAGGCUUCUAUGCAGAAGCCCAGGUGGAGCUGCAGGUGGCAGCACUGGGCUCUGAUCCCCUCAUUGACGUGAAGGGCUACGAGACUGGAGGGAUCCGUGUGAACUGCACGUCUGCCGGCUGGUACCCGCAGCCCCAGAUCCAGUGGAGAGACGCCAGAGGACACAGCUUGUCCUCGGAGGUAACAUCUGCGGCUGCAGACCCCCAGGGCCUUUAUGCAGCCUCAGCCUCUGUGAUCCUGGAAGGCGGCUCUGGGGAGGGGGUCUCCUGUGUCAUCAGAAGCCUCCUGCUGGGCCUGGAGAGGUCAGCCAGGCUGUCCAUUGCAGGUGCCUUCUUCAGGGACACACAGCCUUGGACGGUGGUGCUCCUGAUCGUGCUGGGUAUCGCGCUGGUCGUGGUGGUGGUGGUGGUGGUGGUGGCGGUGGUGUACUUGCUGUGGCGACACUGGAAGAGGAGCCAGGUGCCGUCUCAGGAUGAGGGGAGAGAGCACGAGAGACGCUGCAGGACCAGCUCGUCACAGGGAGGCACCCAACCCAGGGUGAAUCUGCUGCCCGAGGAUGCAGAGCGGGGCCCACCAGCUGCCGGCGCGGACCCCAGACCACUGCUGCAGCAGCAGGGCGCAGCCGUGCGGUCCCCUGAGGACUCUGAGGCCAGUAUCGAGCUGCAGGCGGUGGUGCCCGCAGGGGGCAUGGCCAACCCACAGCAGGCGCUGCACACCCAGGUGCCUUCAGGGGGUGGCAGCCCCCAUCCACACCUCAGAGAAGCCACGAACAGGAUCUACUCCGAAUGCGGGCAGGAGGUUCCCAAAUCUACCUGGAGGAGGUUCAUGAGGUUCACAGGACUGGAGGAGAACGACCUUGUCGACCGUGUUGUGAGCACGGGGACCCAGGGACCCUGACGGAGCAGCACCAGAGGACGCAGCCGCGCUGGCAGAGCGAGCUGGGGCGCACCGAGUCCCCCUGCGGGCUCGUGGCGGCCCUCCGUGAGAUGCGGCUGCGGGAGCGUCUGUAGAAUGUUACCAUCGACCUGGUGCUGAAGAUAUCUUAGGUCAUGAGGACGCAGAGCCCCGAACUGGAGUCAGCUCUUUCGGCAACAGCUGCGACGUAGCAGCAUCCUUGGUGCUGACCUUCCCCAGGUCCCUUCCCGUGGGCGCCUUCACAGAUCCCAGGUGGGACGGAGCCCCUUCCGUGUCCAAGGAGCUUCUUCUGGAAGCUUCUGAUGGGGAGGACCAUGCCAGCCGGGGGCUCUCUGCCUACAGCCCAUGUGGCCUACAGGCUGCCCCUCAGGGAAUCCUGAGCUGCUUGGAAAGGGACCCACAGGCUGUGCUUGGUGGGCCCACGAGCCGUGGCCUCCUCCAGAAACACAGGCCAGGAGGGCUGGCUGGUCGGUCACGUGUGUGACCCCAGCAGCUCUCUUGUCCAUCUCUCAGGCACUGUGAUGUCCCUGGCUUCCACUUGGGAGCGCCAUACCAGGGUGACACUUAAGUCAGUCUGUGACAGACAAACCAGCAGGCACUCAGCUGUCACUAGGUUAGCUGGGGUGGGACAUGGGGACAGUCACAUGCCAGCUAUGGAGGCCUUUCUACAGUUCUUUACAUAUUUAAGCAUAGGUGCUUUUACAGUUUUAUUUAUGUGUUAAAAUUUCUCUAACAUAAUGUGUUCACAUUUGUGAAACUUUUUAACCCAGUAAAAUUUAUAUUCUAAA